GCCACAGCAUACAGUAGGGAAGUGAAGAGCACUUCCUCCUUUCCCCAUAAAGCACAGUUCAACACAUAAUGAUAUGAUGGGAGUAUCUUACAAACUUGAUAUGGAGCCGGAAAAAGUGGGUGAAUGUUGUAUUUUGUAAUCUAAUUUUCGAUUAGUAAAGGUGGAAACUUUUGGAAGGAAUGAAAAGUCCGUUCACAGGCUAUUUAGUUCUUUAACAUACGUGGUCGGCGUCGCCUUUUCCAUGAUAAUGGCAGCAACGUAAGACAACUUUUGGACUUACGAUUGAUGAAGAAGAACAGGCAACUUAAGGGACCUCACCAUUUUUAACUCAUUGGAUUCACUGAUACUGGAACGCAAAAUGAAGAAACAGUUUAACCGCAUGAAACAGCUCGCCAACCAAACAGUUGGAAGAGCAGAGAAGACAGAGGUGCUGAGUGAUGACCUUCUACAGAUCGAAAGGAGGAUGGAGCUGGUUCGCCUUGUCUCACACAACGCCCACAAGAGGCUAGUGUCCUGUCUGCAGGGACAUACUGGCACCGACGCAGACAAGAGACACAAGAAGCUUCCCCUGACGGCCCUGUCCCAGGCCAUGGAAGACGGUGGCGCUCAGCUGGGAGAGGAGAGUCUGAUUGGGAAGAUGAUUGGUGUGUGUGGGGAGGCUGAAAGCAAGCUGGCGUCUGAACUGAUGCAUCACGAGGUCCAAAUAGUCAAAGAUAUCCUCGACCCUCUCAACCUGCUAGCAGAGGUGGACAUUCCCAACAUCCUGAAACAGAGGAAGCAACUAGCCAAGCUGGUUUUGGACUAUGACUCAGCCAGAGCCAGGUGGCACCAGGCAACCAAGUCUGUCAUCAGUGCUGGCAACAGUCAGGCGAUGGCCGCCAAGGCCGACUCCCUCAAGGAUGAGAUGGACGAGGCUCUGAACAAAGUGGAAAUCUGCAAGGACCAGCUGUCUGCAGAAUUGUACAACUUCUCCUCUAAGGAAGGGGACUAUGCACGAUAUUAUGUGGAGUUGUUAGAGGCCCAGGCAGAUUACCACAGAAGAUCUCUCUCAGCUCUUGAGGCAGUCCUGCCCACCAUCCAGGCACAGCAAGACUCGUGGAUGGAGAAGCCAGCUUUCGGCACAGCCCUGGAGGAGCACCUAAAGAGGAGUAACCGUGAGAUCGCCCUGCCCAUCGAGGCAUGCGUCAUGAUGCUACUUGAGACAGGCAUGAAGGAGGAGGGCCUGUUCAGAAUUGCAGCGGGGGCCUCUAAACUGAAGAAACUCAAGGCAGCGCUGGACUGUUCCACCUCGCAGCUAGAAGAGUUUUACUCCGACCCCCAUGCUGUAGCUGGAGCCCUGAAGUCCUACCUCAGGGAAUUACCUGAACCCCUCAUGACCUUUCAACUGUAUGAUGAGUGGAUUCAAGCCUCCAAUGUGUCAGACCCAGAUAAGAGACUCCAGGCUCUGUGGGUAAUAUGUGACUCAAUGCCAAGAAACCACAAGGCCAACCUCAGGUAUUUAGUGAAGUUUCUGGCCAAGCUGGCUCAGGAUAGUGAGGUGAACAAGAUGUCUCCCAGUAACAUCGCCAUAGUGCUGGGUCCUAACCUGUUGUGGGCCAAGAAUGAGGGAACUCUGGCAGAGAUGGCAGCUGCUACAUCUGUCCAUGUAGUAACCAUCAUAGAACCCAUCAUCCAGCACGCUGACUGGUUCUUCCCUGAUGAGGUGGACUUCAAUGUGUCAGGUAUGUUUGCCAUGCCCACCCACACGCCUGUCCCGGAUUCCGAGCCAGGCGCCUUCGACAGGAGACGCCCAGGGAGCCAGGGGUCGGAGGGGGAGAGCGUCCGCAAAGACAGCCCUGUUAACAAACAGCCGGAUCACCCCCUUUGUAGAUCUGGCACCCAAAAUAGAAAACAGCAGCAGCCCACCUCACCUGUCUUCCAGCCCUCUCUGUCCCCCCUGGAGGCCGGAGGCCUCACCCAGUCCGAGCCCCAGACCCAGGCCCCGUUUGGGGGUUCUGAGGCUGGCCAGCCUGGCCUGGGUGGUGGGGGUGGAGGUCAGGGUGAAGUCCAGGUAGUCCAGGGGCAGCCUGUGUUUUUCAGCUCUGAGGAGAGCAGUCCAGCCCGUGACCCUGCAUCCACACCCCCUCAACAGAGGAAUGGUUCAGCUCAGCUCAUGGUGGGGACCCCCCAGUCCCAGAGUGGGUCCAGGGGUCCCAGCCCCCACAUGGUGCGCCGAGGUACUAAGAAGCAGGCCCCCGCCCCCCCUCGACAGGCCCCCUUCAUAGCUCAGUCCGGCAGCCAGAGUCCGGCCCCCCCUCAGCCCCAGCCCAGAACUUCCCCCAGCCCGGCAGCCAACAGCCCCUUUCCCUCCAUCACACCCCGACGCCAGUCUGGCAAAGAUGGCCACAUUCACGCCCCCAGCCACCCACCCCCCCAGCCCCCCCAGCCUCCUCAACCUCCUCAACUCCUCCAACCCCAGGGGGAUCCUGACCUCUCCCCUCCCAGAACCCCCACCCCUCCGGGCACCCCCACACAGGACGGCCCUCCCUCCAACCCCCUCUCCUCUUUUCAUUCGGGCUCCAUGCCCCGACCCACUAGGCCCGCCCCUAAGCCCCGUCCCCGGCCCAGCAUGCCUCCUCCCCCUCAACCCUCGGGCGGAGACGACAAUGGGAUCUUUAGCUCUGCCUCCAAGAUCAUCACAGAUGUCUGAUCUUCCCUGUCUGUGAGCUGACAUUAAGAGGCAGGUAAUGGUAAGGAUAUGAUUGGCUGAUGCUGACCUUGCUUCCUGAUUAUUAAUUUUAGUGUUGCAUCUGUGUGUGUGCCAGUAUGUGUGUGCCAGUAUGUGUGUGUGGGUGUAUGGCUGAGUGUGUGAGUGACCACAUACAUGCUUUUAUGUAUGAUGUUGCCCUAUACAUUAACCCUGCUUCUCAACCAUGCAUGUUACCUGCACUACACCCUUGGCUUGGCCCUGAUUGAUCCUGCUAACUGCCUAGAUAAGCUAACUCAGUUCAACAGAUGGUAUACUCCAACACCAUUUCACUUCCUGGUUCAUCUUUCUGAAGUAUGGUACAGGAGGCGGUAUACAUGGACAUGUAUUCUUCAGAACACACCAAGGAUAGCCUUGAACCACAUUUGAUAAAGUUGUCAUUAUGGAACAUGCCUUGUUACAUUUUGUUAUAUCGUUUCGUCUUUGCAUCAAUUCCCAAUUGAAAUUGUAGAUAUAUAUCCUUGGUGUAUUUUUCUUGCUUGUGUUGUCUUAAGUCCAAGGUGUCGGUUGUGUGAAUAUGAUAGGCCAGGAGUGUGUGGGGGUGUCUGUACUGUAGACUUGAAGAAGGGUGGCAUGUUUUAGUUGAUUUGGUUACUUACACAUCUCUCUGCUCGUUGUAGAUGGAGGCCUGUCCCUGAAGGGGAUUGGUCGAGCCUUUGUUCCGGAAAUUGCUGUGGACCAAAAGGGGGAGAGCUCUGCUGGUCAGGAGCCCACCCCCUACUUGGCCCUUCCCACUCAGCCUGACAUCCAGUCUGAAAGCACUAGUCUAUAAGAAGGGAGGAGCCACAGCAAAUGAAAAGCAUUUUUCCUUCACCUGAUUGGUCGAUAUCUUCACAAUAUAUUUGGCAAACAGCCUUUAUUAGAGUCAGACACAAGAUCAGACCCUUAAGAGAUUACCUCUGAGCAUUCCUGUGCUACAAACAGAGACAUACUGGAUCAAACCAAAGCCUCAUCAUAUGUGCAUCAUCAUUCAAUUCAGCCUAAUGUGUUGGACCUUAUGACUUCCCUUCGAACUCUGGCCCAGAACUCAACUACCAAACAUGACCUCUGGCAAUAUUAGCUCAUACAAUAUUCUUCUGUUUAAUUGAAAAAAUCUGGACCAUUCCCCUCGCCAAGCCUUACGGGCACUUGAACCUAUAUCAAAUAAAGCCAUUGCAUUUUGAAAACAGGUAUCUUGCUGUAUACUGGGACUGGGUCAUAUCAACUCUGAAUUGCUGCUGUCUAGCAUAGCUUCCAUUUCAACUCGAUUCUAUUGGUCUAUUAUAUGUCAUUCCGUGUGAAAGCAAUCAAGUUUGAAUGAGUUUCUUAUGUAAAAGGGAUAUGUGGAUAUUGAGUGGGGAAGGACAUUGCAUUCAUACAUUUAAAAUGAGAGCUAGUAUUUUUCUACGGUAUAUGCAAGGUUUUUGAGUUAGGAAUGUUUGUCAUGGGAGGGAGGGUGCCUUUUAAUUUGUUCUAUGGAUUGUUAUUAUUGUAAUGCUCUUCUUUUAAAGUUUGUAUGGGCCAAAGAAUGCUUUGUUCAGUCUGUUAAGUGCUUUUCAUAACUGACACAUCAUUGAUGUGUUUGCACACAUUGAGCAAAUCCCAAGCUGCAGGUAGCAUCAUAAAACUAAUUCAAAUAUGAGAAACAGAGCCCCCAAUUCUUGAUAACUUCCGCGCUUUCCUUCAGCUCGAGUUUGAUUGACAGUGGUUUCACAAGAUAAGCCAAAGAGAAAAUCCUGCCUCACUGAAGGUGAUUGACUGGAUCUGGAUUGUUGGAACACAAUUGGCUCAAAAGUAGCGGGUUGCUCCAUAACUAGAAAUAGACAUUCCAUUGGCGCUGAACUGUUGCUAAACAACAACUCUCUUAGAGCAACAGCAGCUGACAUGUUUAAACUUGAAAUAAUCUUACCUAUUGUACCUUCAAGACCAAUGGCCACCCAUCAAUAUGCAGAGGCUCACAUCAAAUACGUAGUUUCCAAUUGAUUUAUGUGAUUUUGCUGCUCUAAGUUUGCUGAAUACAAAAAUUCACAAAGACCAAUAAAUAUCUAGUGUAGAUUACACUAUUAUAAACUGCAUUCACCCUGAAGCUGUGCCUUACCCACUCCCAACAUACACUGUUUGUUGUGUUGCUCUUGUUGUUUUAAAACCAGUGUUACCUCAAUUUACUAUAUUAGAACUUCUGUUGGGGUAGGACUGAUGUUUUUAAUAUAAGUUUAAUUUCAUGGCAGACAAGUUGUCUUGAGAAACUAUCAUUCCAAAGAAGCAAACACCAAGGACAGCACUGUUAGAAAAGGGAUACAUGUUAAUGUUUGCAUUUGAUAAACAAUUUAAUCUUUUGAUAUAUUGAUUGUUUGUUGAUUUAGCUUAGAAGGUGAUCGACUUAAAGCUACAACCAAAGAGCCCCAAUAACCCAAAUAUUUGACUUUUUUUUUCUUCAUUUAGGCUUGAUGAUAUCUUACAUAGCUUUUCAAAUCUAUUUUGAGUCGCUUCUUCUGUCUUGACUGCACUUUUGAUAAACCUUGCUGUCCCUCGUUCUGUCUGAAGAAAAUUCUCCAGGACAUGAGCAUAAUAUGUUAUAUACUGUCGGUGCAUACCUUUAUUGUUCAUAUUAAAUGACUGUGGUAUUAAUACUUCCAGUAGAACAAAUAAUACAAUUGUAUUCUUCAUAAAAGUG